AUGCUGCUGCUGACUCCUAAUAAGACGCAGAACUUUGAGGGUUUCGGAGGAUUACGCGCUCAAUUGAGAGCAGUUGCAGCCAAGUUCUUCGCUGAAGAGAAGGAGGACGGAGACUUUGAGGCGAUUGAGCAGCUCUACAAGACGCUUCAGACGCAGCAAGAGAUGGAGAGUGGGUUGUUACCCAAUGGAGCGAUGGCUCGAAGACUUGGAGGUGGCGACGUGGUCGCGACGCUGCAUGCUUUGUUACUACAGGGAAGAGUGGUGUGCUACUCGGCUAGUGCGAGUGCUGCGUCGGCAGCGGUGAUGGCAUUGCUGGCGCUGCUGCCGUCGCAACUGGCACACUCUUUGCUACAAGAACGAGACGAGGUUUUUACCGUACAGCCAUGCUGCGACCUCAAGUCAGGAGAGAAAAUUCUUAAAUGUAGUGGAGGAUUCUUGCUGGGAACAAAUAACCCUUUGCUACUUAGGACUGAGGACGCGCAGCUUGAUCUCGUGCUGGAUUUGGAUGCUGGAGAGGUGACGGCACACCCGACCGCCACGAGUGAACGUGCUUUCGCGUUUGGUACGAAAACUGCUGCGUUGGCUGACGGAUUGACGCGACGUUUUACGGACCCAGUGGCUCCCAUGCACAUGCCAAUUGCAGGCCAGCGUCGUCGUGAUAACGAGUGGGUCUUGGCUCAAUGUCGUUCACUGACAGAGGAAAACUCUGCGUUGGGUGACUUGUUUCCUGCGUCCUUGCGCUCAAUGCUUGAGGAAAUUGCUGCUCCAGUACUUGGAAGUUUGGUUUGGACACUCUCGUGGCAAUCUACUAAUAACUAUGCCAACUGGAUAGACCAAGAGCUGCGUCAGCGGAGACUCACUAGAAAUAAUUCUGGCGAUACUUCUUCAACACGCAGACCGCCACCUAAUGAAGGACACGCCGCGUUCACGUAUCCGAAUGGGGACGAGUACGAUGGCGAUUUUUAUGAAGGUAAACGUGAAGGAUAUGGAGUUUAUAUUGAGCGCUCAACAGGGAAUCAGUACGAUGGAGCAUGGCUGAACGACGAACGACAUGGGAGAGGGAUGCUGACUUCUAGAGCGAGUGGGGGAUACAUCUACGAUGGCGAAUGGGUACAUGACAUGCGCUGCGGACAAGGACACAGUACGCGACGAGGAGGCGGAGGUACAGGUGGUGGGGAGAGCUAUACUGGUCAGUGGCGUGCUAAUCGCUUCCAUGGUCGAGGUGUUUACGUUAACAGCGAAGGUGACGUGUACGACGGCGAGUGGUGCGAUGGUGUAAGACAUGGCGCUGGUAAGUUAACUGUGGCGAGUCCAGAGAUGACUAGGCAUGGAGAUGUAGUGCAGUAUGUUGGCGAGUGGAUGGAAGGCAAGCUCCAUGGGAUCGGCUCUUGCAAGUACAAGGAUGGAUCCGAGUAUUCUGGUGCGUUUAAUCAAGGAAAGCGUCACGGGAAUGGCAUCCAUGUGAUGGUAUCAGGAGAUCGAUAUGAAGGACAAUGGUGGCAAGGUUUACGCCACGGUCAAGGUGUUUCUUUCUCCAAGUCAUCGGGGACUACUCGCGAGGGAACGUGGAAACGUGGAGUGGAGGUCAGCGACGGGGAGUGGCUUAUAACGUUCGCUAACGGAGACAAAUAUUCAGGCUCUUGUCGUCGUGGAAGACCAUGGGGGAAAGGCACAUGUAAAUUCGCCAAUGGCGCCGCCUACACUGGCGAGUGGGUAGAUGGUCUUCGUGAAGGUCGAGGGGUUUGUAUUACCCCAGACGGAACGAUACUUGAGGGAGAGUGGCAACAUAGUGUGUUUGUGAAGGCCGUCCGGUCCCCAUCACGGUUUGUAGAUGUCUCGCUGUCGUCCAACACGCCUCCGUCAUCACCCAAACGCUCGUCAGUUUAUAGUGGAGAAGAAAUGCAGCAUCCGAUGACUGGAACACAUCGCUACGUCUACCCGAAUAGAGACGUGUACGAGGGGGAAUUCAAAGAAGGGCAUCGAAAUGGCUUUGGUAUAUUUACUGAACGUGCAACGGGUAACACUUAUGAAGGACAAUGGAUGCAAGAUCUGCGUCAUGGUAGCGGUGUACUGACCUCAGGCUCCAGGGAUUUCAUUUACGAUGGAGCUUGGGAGAACGACGAGCGCUGUGGCUACGGUCACUGCGUGAUUAGCGGUGGACGAGAGACGUACAGUGGUCAGUGGAGAGGGAAUUCUUUUCACGGAACAGGGAACUACACUGAUGCAGAGGGAAAUAUCUACGAAGGUGAGUUCGUUCAGGGCAAGAAACACGGCGUCGGCAAGCUGAUCGCUCCUGCUUCAGAACUGCAGUCGGAUUCUACUGUUCCACAGCAGACACAGCAGUACACUGGUGAAUGGCGCGAUGGGUGUCGUGAAGGUCUGGGCGAUGCAGUCUUCUCUGAUGGAUCACGGUAUUCUGGACAGUGGAAAGAUGAUCUUCAGACAGGGGAGGGGACUUUCACGUCGACUGAAGGUGAUCGCUAUGAAGGCCAAUGGCGCCGUGGAUGUCGUGAAGGAGCGGGUGUGCUUACAAUUGGAAGCUCGGGAGUUGCCAAAGAAGGCCAGUGGUGUCGCGAUGAGCCCGUGGAUGGCGAAUGGACCAUAGUAUUUCCAGACGGCAGUAAGUUUACUGGUGAAUGUGUGGGCGGUCGACCUCACGGUCGUGGGAUUUGUAAAUAUGCUGGAGGUGAUUUGUACGACGGCAUGUGGGUGCAUGGCAAGAGACACGGAUCCGGUUCAGGCUUCUUUGCUAAUGGCGAGAGCUUUGUGGGGCAGUGGGAGAACAACCACGUCGCGUUAAAUGGUCAGGGCAAGUUGACCCUUGCGGAUGGAACAGUGCAUGUGUACGACAACUAA